CUUUUGGAGCAACGAAGAAUUGAAAAGGAAGGAGGUGGUUCAAUUUAUAGAAGUCAAUAAUAUUUCUCUUUAUUCCAAAUCAUAAGGGGUUUUAGAGACUGUAUUGGUUUUCGUGCGAUACGCUUCAUCGCAUCCACAGAAAAUCUACCAUUGGAGGAUAAUAUAGCUUUUGCUCACACACGCUAUGGUUUAAAUUUAUUUUGAGUCACAUUACCAUAAGUGGGGAUUGAAGUGCACUUGAUUAAUUUUAUCAGCGUCAUUAUAUAAUGGAACGUGUUCUUAAAUACAACCAGUGGUUAAAGGUGUUUAGUUAACAUGAAAUUAAGUUAAUUUUGGAGUUAAUGAUUUUAAUAAAAUUAAUGAACUUUGGAAUUCUUUCUAGAUAAUGAAGAGUUGUGAACCCGAUUUGCUCAUGAAAUAACAGCGACAGUUGCGGAGAAUCAUCAUAACCAUGGCUUGUUUUGCCAUAAUCUUCAUCACAUUCAUCAUACCAAGUUUCAUCAUAGUGAAUGCUGCCGAGAACCCAAUGAUAAAGUUCACCAUUGAAGAGGAACUGCCAAGUGGAAGACGGGUUGGAAAUAUCGCAGAUGAAAGCAAGUCAUUCAUUAACCACACGACCUCGAUUUUACUGUAUACCUUUUUGCCGCCCACCGAUGCCAGCAUGUUAUUUAGUAUUAACGAUGAUAGUGGAGAUAUAUUUACCUCGGUUGUGAUUGAUAGGGAAAGUGUUUGUGAAUAUGACGUCAUCUGCAAGAUCGUGUUUGAUGUGGCGGUGAAAUCUAAGGAUAAUGAUUACUUUCAAAUUGUUACCGUUCAGGUAUUCAUUGAAGACAAAAAUGAUAAUUCUCCAAUGUUUUCCAUGGACGUUUACCAUUUAAAUAUUACUGAAGGCACCAGUUCCGGAUCAUACAAUAUUCUUCCAGCCGUGGAUAAAGAUUUAGGCGGGAAUAACUCUAUCCAAUCCUACCAUCUCCUUCUUAGUCAAGAAUCUCAAGGUUACUUUGAACUCAUCGUGAGUAAAAAUCACGUUGGAACUUUUAUGCUUAAGCUUGUCUUGCAAAAGGUCCUCGACAGAGAACAGAAAGAAACUUACACACUGGAAAUUGUCGCCAAAGAUGGUGGAAGUACCCCAAAUACAGGAACUUUAAAAGUGGUUGUUCAUGUCUUAGAUAUUAAUGACAAUACACCAGAAUUUACAAAAACUGUUUACAAUGUUUCUAUCAAAGAAAAUUUAGCCGUGAUGGAAACGGUUCUUACCCUUCAAGCAAAUGACAGUGACCUUGGAGAAAAUGGAAGGGUAACAUAUAGAAUUGGUGAGUUCCAGAAAGACAGAGAUGUUCUUGAUGAAUAUUUUAUAAUUGAUGAAACAAGUGGUGAACUUAAAGUGAAAUCCGACCUAUCAACAGUUGCUGGGCAGACAUACAGAUUUAUCGUGGAGGCUGUGGACCAUGGUGCAGUGCCAUUAUUUUCUCAAGCUGAGGUAGAAAUUCAUAUUGAAGACUACGGAAACAAUGCUCCAAUGGUCAGCAUUAGUUUUAUCUCACCGGGAAAUACGGGCUUUGUUAAUAUUUCGGAAAAUGCUAAAAAUACAAGUUUCGUUGCUCACGUUAAUGUUGAAGAUCAAGACAGUGGUUUAAAUGGAGAAGUAAACUGUGAAAUAUCAAACAGUCACUUCUCAGUUGUUCCCAUGGACAAAGGAUUUAAAGUUGUGGUGAAUGCUAUUUUAGACAGAGAAGUACUAAACGCAUACAAUCUGACAGUAAUUUGCUACGAUAAGGGUACACCAGUCAUGAGUGGAAGCACUCAUUUCAUUGUCCGUAUCUCAGACUAUAACGACAAUAGACCAAGUUUCGUUCAGCCAAAAUAUAAUGCAAAGUUAACUGAAAACAACAAAGGCAAUGAAGAAUUGAUGAAAGUUUCUGCCACUGAUCCUGAUGAAGGAAGAAACGCCAUUAUUCAUUACACCAUGCAUGAGGAUGCUAUGGGACGAUUCAUUGUGGAUAGCAACACUGGUGUUGUUAAGGUCAAUGCUAUAUUUGACAGAGAAAAGGAACCAAUAGUUAUAUUCCGAGUUCUAGCUAUUGAUGACGGAGUUCCAACUUCCCUUACUGGCACUGCUACAGUUACUCUUACCUUGACAGAUAUGAAUGAUAACCCCCCAAUGUUCAACAAGACAGUUCAUGGAUUUAAAAUUCCUGAAAACCAGCCGACUGGAACUGAUGUAGCAAUGUUGAAAGCCUUUGAUUUAGAUGAUGGUGUGAAUGCAGAAUUUGACUUUUCCAUUGAAUCUGAAUACCUUGACAAUGUCCCGUUUGUUCUCUUUUCUGAUGGACUCUUAAAAGCAAACAAACAGCUUGAUAGAGAAGAAAAGAGUAGAUAUGAUUUUGUUGUUGUUGUGACAGAUCACGGUGAAGUUCAGCAAAGCAGUAUGGCUCAUGUAACUAUUGUUGUUGAAGAUACAAAUGACAAUCGCCCAAUUGUUACAUUUCCGAAACCUACAAAUAAAAGCGUAACGGCAAUGUAUCCCGAUUUCAUUAGCGAAUAUAUAACAACCAUUGAAGCUUACGAUCUUGAUGAUGGGAUUAACAAGGAUCUUCAGUAUUCAAUAAGGGCUGGAAAUGAACUUGGUAUCUUCAAAAUCAACAAAGAUACUGGUGCUUUACAUUUUGCCGAUCAAAUUGAUAUCGGUUCCAACAGAGAAAUGCGUCUUGACAUCGCUGUAUCUGACAAAGGGGAGCCUCCACUUGAGACUGUUACCAAUCUUGAAAUCAAUCUACAGUACACUAAUGCUACUUUCCUCGGACCUGACGAUGCUUCAAGCAAUUCUAAAUACAUCAUAAUUUCUGUUGCCGUGGUGAUUGUGACCUUGGUGAUAUCCGGUGCCAUAAUUGCAGUAAUCCUUGUCCUGCGUACCUUGGACAGAAAGCGUAAAAUGAAAGAAGCAGACGAUUCAACAAAUACUAUUGAUUCUGAUUUUGGAUUCAGCCAAGUUACACAAAACCAUACUAUUCUGUCUGCCGAUACCCUAUCAUCCGGUUCUGGUGAAGGUCAAGACCUUAUCAAAAAGAAGGAAGUGAGCUUCGUCCUCGACAACAAUGAUUCGUUCAGUUACCAUCAGCAGUAUCAAAUGGGGAAUACUUCAAUGUCAUCAAAUGAUAAACCAUCAAAGUCAUCCUUACGAUACUCUACCCACACUGACUUGUCUCAUGGUACCUUUCAUUCACAAGACUUUCAAAGUGAGGCUGGCACUCAACAACAGCCAAUGAAAAUGCAGCAAAAUGUCCUUGACACUAGAGAACUCCAAAACGAGGCUAAUGCCCAGUUACAAACAAUCAAGUUACAACAAAUAAUGCUUCAGAGUCGAGCAAAACAAUGGGUGCAGCAACAGCAACAGUAUGGAGCCAUAGUUCACGAAGAUCACCAUAGCGAUGGUUCAGGGGAGACAAUUGGUAGCGACAGUGGUCGAGGAUGUAGUGAAGAAGAUGAUGUGUUCAGUACUCCAUCUGCUGAUGAUCCAAAAUUAUUUGAAAUAUCUAGUCCCGAGUCACAGCACAGUUACCACAAUGUACAGCUGGAUUCAUACAACCAGCCCGCCAGUUCAUAUAUUAAACAGCCAUGGACUCGUAAACCCCACUUAGCACACAAAGACUACAAAUCUAGUCACAGUCACCUUGCUUUAAACAGAAAUUUAAACAUUCAACGCUCGGUAAAUUUAGACCAAAUUCCGAGUCUGUACAACAAUAUGAGUCAGAAUCGAUCAUCAUUUGGCAGUGCUUAUUACGGUGGGUUAGGACCGAUGGAUUAUACGGGAGAUUCGGCUCUUCAUUCAUUUUUCGACAAAACACCAGUAGUAAUGUUACAUAGAGACGAUGAUGAUAAUUGCUCUACUACGACUUCUGGAAGCUACACGAUACAGUCCGAGGAAAUUUUGUGACGAUAUUGCACGUAAAUCUAGCUAAUAAUCUGUGAUAAUAAUUUAUCAGAAUAUUUCUCCGCAAAAUGUACCAAAGUGUUAAAACAUGUUUUAUAUUAAUGACAACAUAUCAGAUGUCAUAUUGAUCUUGUUAUAAAAAACUUGAAUGUUACAAGAUUAAAAAAGAAAUUGUUUGUCAAUUGACAUGGCAAAUAAACACAAAAAGGUCAAAGCUGUUGAAAAAAUCAGUGACUUGUUCAAGUUAGUACGCUAAAAUGUGUCAUUACAAAGCCAUUCCAUGAGCACCUCAACAUUGCCGGGACACAGGGAUAUGCAAUAUGACUGGAACCAGCAGAGGGUCGCGGGAAGAUCACAGUCGCAAAAGUGGGGCUUUUAGUGGAGAAUGACACCAAUUGACCUCCUAGUAGGCUCCCAUACUAACAGUGAGUUGGUUGACAGGGACACCAAGUCAGGUCUUACCUGUAAGCCAUCUAGGAGAAACUUGAAGUUGCUGCUAUGUUUUAACAGAAGCGAUAAAUGGAAACUGUAUGGACAGAAAACUAUCAAAAACACAAGAGAUAAUAUUAUAGAACAAAUUAGAAUGUUGAAGGAAGAAUACCAGUUUAUUUGAUGUAAUAUAUAGAAAGACAAUAUUUCACUUGUAAAAUUAACAUUUUCUUUAUACAUUAUUUAUCAAGGAACCGGAUUGCCAUAUGUAAAAUGUGUUAGAAAUGGCAAAAUAUGCAAAAAAUAUUAGAAUAUAUUAUAGUGCUAAUUACAUGUGUUUAUACAUUUUGUUUUAAUUGUCAUAAUUUUCUGGAUGACAUUUUCUUUUUUUGAAAGAUUUCUUAAUUUCUGGAGUUACUUGUAUAUGUUACUUGUAUAAUAUUAUGUUACUUGUAUAUGUUACUUGUAUAUGAAAUUGAUACAAAUUAUCAUACUGUUAUAGCAUGUGCUUGUAUGAGAGUCUUAUUUGACAUAAUUGUUUUUGUUUUAUUUAUUUUUUUAAUGACAUAAAAUUAUGUGAUGAUUUAUUAAAAAAAUAUAUUUUAAUCCUCAAGUUUUUUUUAAAAAAAGAUUAAAGACUAAACAAUGCUUACUUUUAUGUGAACUUGACUAAAAUUUGCCUGAUACUACUAAUUAUAAAUAACAUGUAUAGCUUUGUAUAAUUAUACAUUAUGAGGAAAAUAUUAGGAUCCUUAUUUAAACUAUGUUAAUCUGUAUCAAAGAUAUUGAUUUGUAAUUAUCUUGUACAGACAAACCUGUGAAAAAAGGCCAUCCAAAGGAGUGACAAUAUUUGACCUUUAAAGACAGGUGGUCUUUAUUUGAGGUUUACUUAGCUGUAUUUUUAUGAGUGAAACUUUGUCAAAGAGUGGUCUUUAUUUACAGGAUGGUCUUUAUUCAGAGUUUUUAACCCAGGUGUGACUGUACUGUUUCUAGACCUGGUGUUCUAGAAUAAGACAAUAUAUUGAGAUAUGUCUUUAAAGAAAUGCUAUGUUAUGACAUGCCUAUUGGUGCUUAAUGUAUAGUUUAUUGUAUAUUUUAUUUGUUAUUGUAUUUGUCUGAUUUGCAAGCCAUGAAAAUAUUUCAAUGAUCUCAGAAUAUUGAAUAAAUAGAUUCAAAUAAGCCA